AUAUUGAGCUCUCAAAUUCAAAGUAAUACUGUAUUAUUCUGAGUGAGAGAGAGAGAGAGAGAGAGAGAGCGAGAGAGAGAGAGAUGGGGAGAGCUCCUUGCUGUGAGAAGAUGGGACUGAAGAAGGGGCCAUGGACUUCUGAAGAAGAUCAAAUUCUUACAUCCUUUAUCCAAAAAUAUGGUCAUGGAAAUUGGCGUGCCCUUCCAAAGCAAGCUGGUUUGUUGAGAUGUGGGAAGAGUUGCAGACUCCGGUGGAUAAACUAUUUGAGGCCGGAUACUAAGAGAGGAAACUUUACAAGAGAAGAAGAGGAAGCUAUCAUUAAGUUGCAUGAUAUGCUGGGUAACAGGUGGUCAGCAAUUGCAGCAAGAUUACCAGGACGAACCGAUAACGAAAUAAAAAAUGUAUGGCACACCCACUUGAAAAAAAGACUCAAAGACCAUACUACAAUAACAUCGCCAGCAAGUAGCAGUAAUUGUACUUUCAUUGUCACAAGCCAGUCUACUGAUCAACCUGAAAAUAUGAAUUAUCCACAGCCAUCUUCUAGUGAUGUUUCCUCCUCAGUCACAGAAGUCUCAGGUGCAUUGAGAAGCGAUCAGGAUACGAUCGUCGUCAAAGGUGAAAACAUGGAGCCGUGGGAAACCUUCCCUGAAAUCGAUGACAGCUUCUGGUCAGAGGCACUCUCAGCUAACAAUUCCAGCACCCCAUUACUAUUUCCAAAGGCCGAAAAUGAUGAAACAAUAUCUGAGUUUCCGAUCACUGCCAACGAUUCGGAGGAAUUGGGUUUUACUUUUGGUCUAAACUUGGAUGAUGGCAUGGAAUUUUGGUAUGAUCUUUUCGUUAGAACUGGUCAUGGGGGAACACCAGAAUUUUGAGUUCUACUAUUUCCUCUCUUUGGAGUUUAGGAGGAAUUAAUUGGCGGUGAGAAAUGUUAUUUUUUUUAUCUUGUACUUGACCG